AUGUUCAAACAACUCUCUUUUUUCAUCGCAUUCUGUGCCGUUAUGGCUCAUGCCACAAUGAAUCUCCCAACUCAAGAAGAAUACGACGCUGAGUUGAAAGCAGCUGGUAUGUCUCAAAGUGGAAUCGACGGAUUGCAUGCCUUGGCUCAAAAAUUCGUAGUUCAAUACCCAGCUGUUCAAGCUAAUAAGGAAGCAUCAGACAAGUUCAUCGCCGAUUAUACAGUUGAAUCGCAGAACUUUGUCAAGUCAAUGACUCCAGAAGACCAGAAGAUUUAUGCAGAGAGCCUCAAGAAGUACGGACUUAUCUAA